ACUGGGGGUUGGGGAAGGGUGGUGAUAAGGGGAAAAGGAUGGAAGGUUUGGGUUUCUGAGGAGGUUAUGGGAGAACUAGAGCAGGAGGCCAACCUGGAUGCUGCCAGAACUGAGCUGUCAGGAGACCCCUGGCCUUUGUGCCUAAUGGACCUGUCCUCUGCUGCUGGUCCCUGACAGCUAUGAGCUCCCGCCCAGGGUCAAGUGGAGAGGCUGAAAAGUUCAAUAUGGAUAAACAGGUGGGCCGGAUGUGAUGCCUCCUACAUCACUCUCAGUCUCCCAGGCUGACCUCUCCCUGUUGUCAAAGACUGAUCCAUCCUCCAGACUCCAGUAGUGAAACCAAUUCCAAGCAUGCUUUGGAUGCCAUUUCUUUUCUGCUGUGAGUCCCCUGUGGUCCUUCCCAGGGACUGAUGAAAGAAGAUCCCAGGCCCUCAUCCCCAGCAUCCACAGAGGAAGGAUCAAGAUUGCUGGUCUGACGGCCCCAGGCAUGCCCAGCCCCCAGCUCUAAGUGUGCCUCACCUGCCGGAGCCUGGAAGACCGAGGGCUGGCUCCGGAGGGGGGCGGCACCCACUCCCUUCUGCGCUGAGGCUUGUCAGCAUGGCCCAGCAAAGAGCAAUCCGGCUGUCCCUGCAGAAGCCCACCCACACUGUCUGUGUGGUGGGCACUGAGACCUCAGUUGACAUCUAUGGUUCAGUCCCUCCAGGGGCUGUGACUUUUAAGGUCACUGGAAGCUCCACAGUGCAGACCUACCUGGAGUAUGACCCUAAGAAUGUGAAUGAGCCCCCAGCUGAUGAACAUUGGCCUUUGAAUGCAGAUGUGGACGUGAUCAUAUCCAUGGAAGCAGCCAGUAAGAGUGUUGAUGAUGCCAAGGUGCGGGUUUCUUUCUAUGGGAAGGAUAAGAGCACUGCACUGGGCCAGGCCCUGCUGUACCUGACUGGCAUUGAAGUUUCUUUGGAUGUCGACACGGGUCGUAAUGGGACAAUAAAGAGGAGCAAAGUUGACAAGAAAAUAUGGAGCUGGGGCCCAGAAGGCCAUGGAGCAAUCCUAUUGGUGAAUUGUGACAGGGAUAAUCCCAUCCCUGGGGGAGUUGACUACUCUCACAGCCGCUUGUAUUCCCUGGCAGACCUGCAGGACAUGUCUAAGAUGCUGCUCUGGACCAAUGGCCCUGAUGAGGUCUUCAAGAACCACAAACUUGUCCUGCAUGUGUCUCUCAGUGACUCAGACAAAGUGCGUGUAUUCCAUGCCCAAGACGGGAAUAGCAUUUCCAGCUACAAGAGAGUUCUUGGACCUGACAAAUUGUCCUACAAGGUCGAUCGGGCCCCUGGGGAGAAGGAGAUCACCUUCUACGUGGAGGGCCUUGCCUUCCCUGAUGCUGAUUUCUUUGGACUGAUCUCCUUCGACAUCACCCUGAUGGACACAGAUGACCUGCUGCUUGAAACCCCAAUAUUCACAGAAACAGUAGUGUUCCGCGUGGCACCCUGGAUCAUGACCCCCAACACCCAGCCGCCCCUGGAAGUUUAUGUGUGCAGUGUUGAUCAAGAAACGUCCCAGGCUGAAUUUCUGGAUGCUAUGAACUACCUGGCAUUGAGGGCUAAUUGUCAACUGAUCAUCUGUCCACAAGUGGAUAACCGAAAUGACCGCUGGAUCCAGGAUGAAAUGGAAUUUGGCUACAUAGAAGCACCUCACAAAUCCUUUCCAGUUGUCUUUGAUUCUCCCAGAAACAGGGGGUUGAAGAAUUUUCCUUUUAAGAGGAUCCUGGGCCCUGACUUUGGUUAUGUGACCCGAGAGCCUGCAUAUGGUGGUGCCUCCAGCCUUGACUCCUUUGGAAAUCUGGAUGUUAGCCCACCUGUCACUGUCCGAGGGAAGGAGUACCCCCUGGGCAGAAUCCUCAUUGGCAGCAGCUUCCCCAAGUCAGGUGGCCGCCGGAUGGCCAAAGUCGUCAGGAACUUCCUGUACGCCCAGAAAGUGCAGGAACCGGUGGAGCUCUAUUCUGACUGGUUAAGCGUGGGGCACGUGGAUGAAUUCCUCAGCUUUGUUCCUGCCCCUGGACAGAAGGGUUUCAGGCUGCUCCUGGCCAGUCCCAAUGCUUGCUUCAAACUCUUUGAAGAGAAGAAGGAUGAGGGCCAUGGGACUGCUGCCCAAUUUGAAGGAUUGAAAAAAGGAAAGAAAAAAAUAACCAUUGAUGAGAUGCUGAAAGACAAAAGCCUUAGGAGUGACAAUCUCUAUGCCCAGAAAUGCAUUGACUGGAACCGCGAGGUCCUAAAACGGGAGCUGGGCCUAUCGGAGCGCGACAUCAUCGACAUCCCCCAGCUCUUCAAGAUCAGUGACUCCUAUGCAGAGGCCUUCUUCCCUGACAUGGUAAACAUGAUUGUCCUGGGGAAGUUCCUGGGGAUUCCCAAGCCCUUUGGACCCAUCAUUAAUGGGCGCUGCUGUCUAGAGGAGAAGGUCCAGGACUUGCUGCAUCCGCUGGGACUCAAGUGUAUCUUUAUCGAUGAUUACCUCUCCUACCACGUGUUAAUGGGCGAGAUCCAUUGUGGUACCAAUGUCCGACGGAAGCCCUUCUCUUUUAAGUGGUGGAACAUGAUUCCCUGAGCUGGCUCCCCUCCUGCCAUCUCCUCCUUCCCUUCUUCCUCACAGGAGCAUCAGCAUGGGGAGAGGAUUGCCCACCUGUCUUGGAAAGAGGCCACCAACAGCAUCUACAGCAUGGGUUCCGUGUCACCAGGCCCUAACCAUCACUAUAGGAUAUCAUGAGGAUUCUUCACUUUCUUCUUGGUGAAGGAUGACCCUAUCUGGCCCAUCCAAUCUUCAAAGAAGAUGUUUCCUCAGUUCUUCUUUUUGCCUUUUCUCUCCAAGUCCAAUUGGUUUUUCUCAAAGAAACUUA